AUGAAGAUCGCUUCCUGGAUGCUACUGCUUUUCGGUGCGGUCUUGGCGUCACCGCAGAAGCCGAACAUCCUGAUAAUCCUUACGGACGACCAGGAUCUCCACAUGAACAGUAUGGACUAUAUGCCCUUGGUCAAGGUGGGUGGCGUCAUGAACAAGAUACCAUAUGUUCGAUAUGCUGAUGAAUCCCAGAAAUACAUCACUGACGAAGGGGUCACUCUUCAAAAUCACUAUUGUACCGUCGCUGUUUGCUGUCCGUCUCGAGCGACCUUAUGGACAGGACAUGCUGCGCAUAAUACCAACGUCACCGACGUGAUACCCCCUUACGGCGGUUGGCCAAAGGUAGUUCAAGGGGGUUGGAACGAUAAUUAUCUUCCGGUCUGGUUGCAAAAGGCUGGAUAUAACACUUACUACACCGGCAAACUUUGGAACUACCUCCACACAGACAAUUACAAUCGCCCGCCGAUCAACGGUUUCAAUGGGUCAGAGAUUCUGAUAGACCCGUGGACUUACCAAUACUAUGAGCCGCAUUUGACUAGAAAUGGUAGACCGCCACAGAGCUACUCCGGCCAGUAUUCAACCGAUUUAAUCAAACAAAAGGCUUUAGGCUUUUUAGAAGAAGCUGUAUCCCACCAGGCCCCGUGGUUUCUCACCGCUGCACCUAUUGGACCUCACGCUGAAAUUGUUGUCAAUCGUCGUGAUCAUUCGAUCGAUACAACGUUUCCCCAAGCAGCGCAACGCCAUGCGCAUCUGUUCAAUGACUACAAGAUCCCUCGGGACUCCUCUUUCAACGCCAAGACUCUAGGGGCAGUCAGCUGGAUCAAGUCUCUCCAGGAACUCAAUGAUACCGUCAUCGGCUACAACGACGAAUUCCAAAGGGCCAGACUCAGAGCUCUACAAGCAGUUGACGAACUAGUAGAGGCACUUGUACAGAAACUGGAUGACGAAGGUGUACUGAACAAUACUUAUAUCUUCUACACGACGGACAAUGGGUUUCAUAUCAGCCAGCAUAGAAUGGUUCCCGGAAAAUCAUGUGGCUACGAGACUGAUAUUCACAUCCCCUUAGUUGUGCGAGGGCCUGGAAUCGAAAAGAGUGUGACUCUUGAUGCUGUCACUAGCCAUAUUGAUAUUGCGCCCACGAUCUUGUCACUAGUAGGCACGCCGAAGCAGUUAGAUGGCAAAGUGAUACCGCUCACAGGGCCUACUUCUCAUAAUUUCACGUCUGAGCAUGCCGCUGUCGAGUUUUGGGGAUAUGGGGAUACCGAAGGCGACUUUGCAACCGGGAAACAAUUGAAUAACACGUACAAGGGACUCAGACUAACCGGCCAGGGAUACAGCCUGUAUUAUAGUGUUUGGUGCACCAAUGAAGUUGAGUACUACGAUAUCAAACAAGAUCCAGGACAGAUGAAUAAUCUAGCAUCACCGGCAUCUAACCAGUCUGACUACAUACUGUUCAAUCGCCCGUUAUCACAGGUUAUACCCCGCCUUAACGCUCUGUUGAUGGUGUUGAAAACUUGCAAAGGUGUAUCAUGUACACAGCCGUGGAAUGAGUUGUUUCCAGGCAAAACAGUUACGAACUUGGAAGGCGCAUUGGACGCCUCUUAUGAUCAUUUCUUCAAGUCGCAACCAUUAGUGACAUAUUCGGCCUGUGAAAUGGGAUAUAUACGGAGCGCGGAAGGAACCUCGAGGUGGAACGUCUAUGACGGUACAAAGGAGAGCUCCGUAGAUAGCGAGUGGCACCCUCUCCAUUAUGGCAAUGACUGGUCUCUCUUCACGUAG